CGCUUUUUUCCCCGCUCUGCUGUGUGGGAAGGAGCCUUGCGUGGUUUUCAAAGGAUAUCUUAUGAUCCCAACUUGAUGAUCAGUGUGAAAAUCUCAGAUGAUAUGGGGAAAAAUGAGGAAGGGGUUGAUUUAGGCGGGCCAAGGAGGGAAGACUAUCAAUGGACACCAUUGCCAGGUCAGCCAUGUUUGAGGGGAAAGAAAACUGCAAGAACUUGGCUCUUGACAGUACUGAAGGAAGCAACAGAAGAACUGCUGAGGAGAUGGUUGUUACAUUCUGGAGGGACUAUCUCCAAGCUACAGAAGAAGAAGAAGGACAUUCCAAGUUAGAGAAGCUAUUGGCCUUUGCAACUGGAGCAACUGCGGUGCCACCUAUUGGCUUUUCCCCAGCACCCUUGAUUGAGUUCAUUCAUAGAGGAGAUGACGACUUCUCUUCUACACCAAUUUUCCCUCUUGCCAACACGUGUGUUAACUGCAUUAGGCUGCCACUGCAUGUUUCAUACCAGUUGUUCAAGGAGAUGUUUGAUUUUGCCUUAGGUAACACUUACGUCUUUGGCAGGGUGUGAACACAUUAUGCUGUAUGAGUUUGUGGUUUUAUCUUUUGUAUUGGUCUCUCUGCUGAUUCAAAGUGAGCAUUGAAUAUUAACUUUUUAAGGUUUUAAUAUUUCCAAAUUUAGCUGCGUCAGUCAAAUUGAUGUUUUAAGACAUCAAUUUGACAAGAAGUGAUUGUUCUUCAGGAUUAAAAUCCAAUUGUUUAACAGCACUUCAGAAGUUUAUUUACACUGUUGAGUAUGAACAUAUAAUCUUUGUCUCACUUUAGUCUUUUCAUGUGCAUGUGCAUCUGUCUUUGAUAUGGUUGUCUUUCUGUCUGUUUAUUCUUCUGCCUGUCUCAGUUUCUGUUUGAUUGACAACAGAGCUGUCAUUUUAUCCUAUUGAUUGAUUGAUAAUACUUUAUUCAUCCCGAGGGAAAUUGAGUUAAGGCUGCCAGCCGUGCCAGCUCCAUCUUACCCUUCCGACCAUACAUACAUUACGCAAAA